UCUCUCUCUCUCUCUUAAAGUCUCUCAACACUCUCACUCCUCCACUUCCCACUCCGUUUUUCCAUUUUUCCAUUUUUCCAUUUUUCACUACUUUUUCUUGUUGCGUUUCUUGAUCUUUCUGAGCUAACCAUGAAAUUUACUCAUCAAACCCACUUCUCUUUCAAGCUUCUACUUCUACUCACCGUCGCCACCACAACGCUUUCUUCGCCGCUGCCGAAGCCUAAAGUGACUUCCAAGGAGCAGAUCGAAUGCGAAAUGUGCUCUGUCUGCGAAAAUCCAUGUGGCAAAGUGCCAUCCCCUCCUCCACCGUCGCCUCCUCCGCCUUCAUCUCCGCCGCCUUCUCCGCCGUCCUCAUCCUCCAACUGUCCGCCGCCUCCCACGCCACCAAGCUCCGGAACCACCUACUACUCUCCUCCGCCACCUUCCCAGCCCACUUACUACAACUACCCGCCACCGCAAGGCGGCAGCGGGGGUGCGUUUUAUCCUCCGCCGAAUGGCAAGAACUACCCAGUGCCACCGCCGCCGAACCCAAUUGUGCCGUACUUUCCGUUCUACUAUUAUAACCCUCCUCCCCAUACGGCGUCCAGCUCAGUCCAGCUGGUGGCUAGCCACCCAUUAGUUUACACUGUUUUCAGUGUUGCUCUGUUUUCUGUUAUGCUCUGUUUGUUUUGAUGGAAACGGAAACAGACAAGGAAGGUGGAAUUAAUAAUGUGGCGGCAGAUUCACGGAUCUACGACUGAGCAAACAAUUGAAGAGGAAGAAAACGAAGACAGAAAGAGAUGGGAGUUGCCUACUGCUGAUUUUGCAUUUCCGAAAAUGCCCUUGAGGAACAAGGGUUUCUGUUCACUGACACUUGAAGUUAGAGCUGAAAGAUUACAGAUGGGAAGUAAAUUCUCUCUUUCUCUCUUCCGAUCUCUCUUUAAUUUUUUUUUUCUCUUUUGCCUUAAUUUAUCUGUCUGAAUUAUAAUGGUGUAGUAGCCUUGUAGGCUGGUCCGUUGUAAUUUGAUGGGCAAUUUGUAUCUAUCGUUAUUUGGUUAAUAUAAUCAUGAAAAUAAAGUAAAUUGUUAUUCA